AUGGCGCAAGUUGAAGCGGUUGCUCAGGCGGAGCCAAAGCAGUUGGCUCCCGGAGAAAUCCGGGUUUCCAGUAUCGGAGUGGUCUCGAGCUACGUCGCGUACGCGAAGAAACUCAUCGCCGCUGGAGAACCUGUGAUUCAUAUUAGAGGCACUGGCAGAGCCAUGAGCAAUGUGGUAGAAACUGCGGAAAUUCUCAAGCGGGUCUAUAAGGGAAUGCAUCAGGUCGCGACUCUCGACACACAGGAAAAUCUGGUGGCAGCUGUUGGCGAGGACGGAAAGGAGCAGAGGCGCUCCGUCUGUUUUCUGACAAUCACGCUCACAAUGGACCCCAGCAAAAUAGACACCACGGCCGUCGGUUAUCAGAAGCCGCUGACUGACGAACAGUUGGGCGAGGUCGAAGUUGACAAAUUGAUCCAGGCCCUGAAAACCUCUGGCAUCAGGAAGAAGGGGACUUUGCCCAGGAAACCUAGGGGUACAGUGCAGAACGCGGAAAACGGAAAGAAGAAUUGA